UGUCAUUUCGACUUGUGGAAGUGGAUUGAAUGAAAACACGAGUUUCUCCUUUAAUUCAAUGAAAAUGUACUAAUUAAUAACUAACAAUAUAAUUAAAAAUGUUUAAGAGAGUAGCACUAGGCAUUUCGGGAGGUGUUGACAGCGCUGUAGCUGCACUUUUACUCAAACGAGCUGGAUACCAAGUAGAAGGGGUAUUCAUGAGAAAUUGGGAUAACAACUAUGAAGCUGGAUUUUGCUCAGAUGAAAAAGAUUUUGAAGACGCAACAUACGUGUGUCGUAAGCUCAAUAUACCCUUGCAUAGAGUUUAUUUUAUCAAAGAAUAUUGGAACGAUGUAUUCACAGUAAUACUUAAAGAAUAUGAGACGGGUCUAACGCCGAACCCCGAUAUACUGUGCAAUAGAUAUAUUAAAUUUGAUAGCUUUUUCCAACAUUGCAGGAACAAUUUAGGAAUUGAUGCAAUCGCUACUGGUCACUAUGCUAAUACAUCAUUUGGUCCAUUCUUAGAAAAGUAUAAUGAAAACGAAGGAGUUAGGUUACUGCAGCCCAAAGAUAAGCAUAAAGAUCAAACAUUUUUCUUGUCACAAAUAAAGCAAUUUGCUCUUCGGAAAUGUAUGUUCCCAAUAGCUGGGUUACUCAAGAAAGAAGUGAGAGAAAUAGCUAAAUCUGAAGGCCUGUUAAAUGUAGCCAACAAAAAAGAUAGCACAGGAAUAUGUUUCAUAGGUAAAAAUAAAUUUCAGAAUUUUAUUGAAGAAUACAUCCAGACCAAGAAAGGACUAUUCAUAGAUAUUGACACAGGUCAAGUAGUGGGUGAACAUGGAGGUUUACACAAGUGGACAGUAGGCCAAAGAUGUGGUUUGCCUAGUCAUAAAGGAGCUUAUUUUGUAUUCAAGAAAGAUUUAGAAACAAAUAAUAUUUAUGUGGCAGCGGGUACUAAGCAUCCAGCUUUGUGGAAUAAUAUAUGCUUCACUGAUCAUCCACAUUGGAUUCACAGUGAACCAUCAGAACUUACCAGCAACAAUGUAUUGGAUUGUUACUUCAGAUUUCAACACACCAAACCUCUCACAGCUUGUAGAGUAGUCAACAAUAGAGAGGGCCUAACAAUCAUAUUACAAAAUAAUCUAAGAGCCCUCACUGAAGGACAGUUCGGUGUCUUUUACAAGGAUGGAGAAUGCCUUGGUAGUGCAAAAAUAAAAGAAAUUUGUCAUAAUUUAGAUUUCUCAGAAAACUUAUGAAUGAUUUGUUGGUAAAUAAAAUUGUUAGUGCUGUUGAA